GCUUGUAUUGAUUGACUGAAUUGUUUUUAGGUAGAUUCUGUACGACUGCCUAUCGUACUUUAUAGACUUUCUAUUUUCUUUCUCCAUAUUUCGCUCGCGAAUGUUUAACUAAACUUAAGUGCCAACAUAGAACAACAUGAGGCACAUUUUUCCGCCACCUGCCAAUUUGCACAUAUCCAAGUCUCCCAAACGAAAAUCCUUCAUUCUUCGUCAGUAAAUGUACGUCCAUUGUUCAAUGACACAUGUAGUACAACGUAUUUAGGACACAUUUCCGGUGCGCUAUGUCCCAACAGAAAAACAACGUUCUGUCCGAGCGUUUUGAAUACGCUUAGCAUCGGCAGAACAACCUACUUGUCACUGAAUUAUUAUAAUUUAACAUUGGUCAAUAACAUAUAGGAUAAUGCGGCCUGUGUUCUAUCAUCACCUGGUGAGGGUUGGUGUAUGUCUCUUUCCUCGCUUAGCUCAUUGGUCGACCAGUCAGUGAGCUGGACUUACGCCAAUGAAACAUUACCAACCCAUAAGGCCCGCAGUAGUUCACUGAGCUGUGGAGUUAUUUUGUAUGAAUCGAAUAGAACUGUGAUAUAAUCUUCAACAUAUGAAGCAUACAAUAGCAGUAACAAAGAGAGCCAACGAAAAUUACAAAACGGAUCAAAACUGGGUUGCUUUACCCCGGACCACCUUUCUUUUUAGAAACGGCAGUCGCCUUUGUAACUAGAGCCACCAAUGCCCUCAAAUUGAUUCAAUGGUAGCGGCUUAAAAUCACACUGUGACAAAUUUGAUUUUCCCCCCCUCCGACCAGCUGCUUGCCCGUGUCGUAAAUGCCAUUCCUUGGCAGCGAAGGGGCGGUGUUAUGUAACAGGGGCUGUUAUACGGUAGUGUUGACAUGCCGGGGCAGAGAUAGUAGCAAUGUUUGCUCAUCAAUGAUUUUUGACAGCUAUUGUCAGCCGUAAAAGGUGAGAGUGUUCGUUUUGAGCGCGCGCGUAUUCUGCCAAGUAUCGACGCAGAACGAGCAAUUACUCGUCGACAAAAUGGAUAUGCUAAAUAAUAUCUUCACUCCGCAGGGUCAUGAAUCGGCGAUGAAGCAGGCUCUGUAUAACACUCUGGCAUUUGUAUUUGUGCUGGUAUUUGCCGCGGCUGGAGUGGCCCUGUACUUCAUACUCGAGCCGUUCCUGCAGCCGCUCCUAUGGGCCCUACUCUUUGGGUCGGUCCUGUACCCGUUCAAGCACUCAUUGUCACAACUUCUUCGGGAAUGGCUACAGAACGUACAAGCCCCACUAGUUGUAGCCGUGGCCACGUCUCCAGUGACGGUACUUGACAGCAUCUCGCAUUCGCUAAUAACGUUAAUAAUAAAAUACCUCAAACUACUACUGGCUGUUGCAGGCAUUAUGUGUGUAUUGUACUUUUUGCCACUCGCCUGGUUCAUGCGUGUGCUGAACGUGCUCAACGUCGCGUACGGACUAGUUGCUCGGCUUCUCGGUCUUUUAUCGUCGCCGUACACCGUGUGGACAAUGAUUACCGCUUACGUUUUCUUGCUUCUGUUCAACUUCAACGCACAAGUGGAAGCUGUAUUCGAACUGCUCAGCCCUAUAAUGUACCUUUCAAUAUUCUGCUUUGUUACCGGCAUGCUUGGGGCUCUAAAGAUCCCCAUCGCCAUAGGAAUCGGUUGUCUGAUUAUUAUUGGUUUCUUUGCGGAAAUUGAGGAAAGAGGCAAGUGUGGUCCGAAGACCAGCGAGCGGGCCUCAACAAAAGUUUAUGACCGCAUGUCAAUAGUGGAAAUAACCGUUGCACGCAAAAUGAAGCUAUGGUACAUUCGACUACGAGAAUGUUUACGCACGCCGGAGAUCAUACCGGAUCCUAGCGACAACGUGGACACUCCGGAUGCGUCGGACGGUAAGCCGAGGCCACCUCCACUUAUCCAGGUAGACGAUAUGGAUAAAACAGCUGAGCAAGCCGAUGCGGAGGAUGAUUUAGCGGGUAACGAUACGUCAAGCCAUGAAAGCGACUUAUAUCUAAUAGCUGUUAUUUGGGCUUGUGUCGUGAUGCAGAUCUACCGCAAUAUAUGGUUCCUGCCUCUUAUGUACAUUCCGCUAUUAUACAGUGGACUAAAGUACGUCUGGCUUAAAUUAAAUGUCAUGGAAUGGACAGGUGGUUUCCGUAAGUCCCUUGAUGAAUGGUUCGAUGCAAGACGUGAGGCAAUUAUACCCGAUUUUAUGACGCCUGCAAUCCGAUUGCUUCUAAAGGGCGAUCGUAAGAUCAAACAGAUUCUAGAGAACUCGGUUGAUUCAAUCACAGCUAUUUUGGUAAUCAUCUUAUUAUUUCUAGUGGCCACUGUCGGAACCAUCUUUAUGGCUGUGCAAGUUUACGGUGAAAGUGUUCAUCUUAUAGAAAUCACGUCGGGCGUUAUUAAUCGGACUGUCGUUCACAACCCCGAGCUGCAACAGCUUGUACCGGACACUAUCAGCAAUGUUCAGGGUGCUCUAGACUCUAUGAUUGGCGAUGCGUAUACCUACGGUAAAGACUGGAUCCGGGGAGGCCUUAGGCGGCUUUUGGACGACAAAGACCCCACUAAGGCAGAAGCGCUUGAAGCCGAAAUCGUCGAACUGUGGGACCGUGUUUAUCAAAUGUGGAUGCAGAAGAACUCUACAGAGGUAAACGUCAGCGAAGCGUUGGCAAACCCUUCAUGGAACACCCUAUUAGAGGGUCUGAAGAGCCUUGAUAUCAGUGCAAUCACGAGCUUCGUCAAGGACAAUCUCGACACACUGCAAACAGUUAUCGACUCUCUGUGGGUAAUCCUCAAGGGCAACGUCACGAUCUUUAUUUCGGUGUUCACAGCCAUUCUGUCCGUCGUUUUUGGCGGCGGCACUGCUGUAUUGAAUUUCGUUAUCAACUUCGUUAUUUUCACGACCGCACUGUACUAUCUGUUAGUGGCGAGCGAUAGUACCUACAAGCCGAUCCAGUUAUUGAGUAAAGCUAUUCCGAACAGUAAGGGUAAACCUAUCUCAGGUCUAGGUAAGGCGGUAGAGCAAGCAAUCAACGGAGUGUUCGCACUGUCAUUCAAAAUGGCCUUUUUCUACGGACUGUACACAUGGCUAAUUCAUUCGCUGUUUAACGUUAACAUCAUCUACAUCCCGUCGUUUUUGGCGGCCAUCUUUGGCGCCGUCCCGUUCCUCGGAACGUACUGGGCUUGCCUGCCAGCCUGCCUUGAGUUGUGGCUGGUUAACGGGAACCCCGCAAAGGCAACAUUCAUGUUUGUCGCCCAGUUUCUGCCCGUGCUUUUCGUCGAUACAGCUAUCUAUUCAGAAAUUAAAGGUGGCGGCCAUCCUUACCUCACCGGUUUAGCCAUCGCCGGUGGAGUUUUCUGCAUGGGUGUUCAGGGAGCGCUAUUCGGGCCCAUGUUGCUCUGCGUGCUCAUAGCCGCGUGCAACGUGUAUUCGAAGCUCGUGCAGAAGUCCAACCAGACGAGUACCGCCAAUAUAGGCAGUGAUGGAGCACCAUUCUCACGUGCUAGUUCACCAAAACCGCGCAUGAAAAAACGAGCGUCGUUCAGCGGCCAGCUCGUCACUGAUAAAUUCGAUUGAACCAUUUAGCUAAAUCAUCAGCUUUCCACCGAAAGACAAAUAAUUUUUUGUAUUACUUUAGUCCGUUAAGCUUGUUCUGUGUGGAUAUGAAACUAUCAAAAAACCUAUAAAAAAAACCAUAAAAAAAAGAAGGAAAUGCGUUGCAGCAAGUGAUGCGACUGAUACUAACAAUAACGACGGUGAAAACAAUAACGCUAACUGUUAAACUAGAGCGUUUCAUUUAUGUAUGACGAAUGCACAGAGACCCAUAGAAUAGGAUACAUAUAGAUAAACUACAUGCUCACUUAUGCUUGCGGAGACGAUCGUCCAAAAACAGGACAGUGGUCAAUCAUCAGUAGUUUUAACGGUACGGCGGUAAAAAAGUUUGAGGCCUUAAAGACCACCUAUGAAGAAUUUUAUCGACGGCACUCACUAAUAAACCAGUUCUGGGUUUCCAUCAUGAAAUCACGGAAGGAAUCCAUAUUCGUGGGUUUUCGCCCAAAGUCUGAUCCAAGUCAGGAGAAACGGGCUGUUAUUUCGGCACCUUUUUGAAAACACUCGACGCUUUCACACGAUGGACAUGAAGGACAAGUAAAGACUGUGAUGUUCUUAUUCGUUUGCACAAGCAGAUACAAAGAAUGUAGAAGAAAAUAGACAAGGUAAAAUAUAAAGGGUAACACUAUUGUAUGGUACAUAUAGGUUGGUAUAUUGAAAUUAAGUGUGAUUAUAAUUACAUUGCAAGUGCUAUUACUGUGCACCUCUAUAAAGUGCCUUGGUUAGAGGGAAAAGAGUUUCUCUCUAUUUUUAUGUUCAUCUAACAAAGUCGUACAGAUAACAAUAUACAUAAAACUAUUUAUUCUACUCUGUACAAAGAGUUGUCGUGUUUUUAUUUCUUCACCAUAACGUAUACUGUUACAUGUUAUACUGUUUUUCCCAGAAAAGCUUUUUAAAGCCGAUUUCGAUGUUAUAUGGCAAGAAAAGAAUAAAUCUAGGAACUUAUACAUAUAUAUUAAGUAAAGUUUAUAC